UUGGAGCUAUAAGAGGUUCUGGUGAUGAGCAUCAAACUCAUGAACCAAGAAUGUCAGGAUAUGAGAGGCUGAGAAUGGAAAUAAUUAGAAAAAAUAUGACAAGAAUGGAAGAAUUAGGUUUGAAGGAACAGGCUAAGUCACUGAUGGCGCAAGUUCAAAAUAAUAGAGGCAAUCAAAGUAAGAAUAAAAAGAAAAAGGUUUCGAGAGACGAUGAGCUCUAUAGGCUUAACCAAGAUAUGGAGCAAGAGCUUGAUUCCACCGAUGAAGAGUUACCCAUUCCACAGUCUAAAAGUAAAGACAAGUCCAAUGCUAUUCAAUGGAAGAUUCGUAAAAUGAAGGCUCUGACUCGAAAAGCAGUGAUGGAAAAACGUCGGCGAAAUGUUGAUUUGGCUUCUUCACAUGGUGGCUCAUCUACCCCUAAUCAUACAUUACAUCAGCAUUAUUCAACCACAAGAGAACUAGUUGAAAUGCUCGGAUUAGAAGUUGAACACAUAAAUCAUGACAAGAAUGAUAAAGAAAAUGGCAAGCUAUCGUUUGUAUUUGUAAUUAAAAUUCUUUACCUACAUGCUUGAUAAGCCAUUUUUUUAACAUUUGAAUUUCUUUGCUCAUGUUAGCUGAAAAGGAUAAGCCUAGAAGAGGAC